ACACACGCCCAAACCCAAUAAAGCAGAAAGGUCAGUUCCUCAUCGUCAGGCCAUGAACGGACCUCGCCUAGGUCGGGAAGCAUUAGCGCGUCGCCGGAGAGUCUAAGCGGUUGAGGGCGGGUUGCCCCGGUGCCGGCGCCGGCGACGAGGUUGCGGAACGACGAGGGCGUCGGCGCCGGCCUUUAAAGCCCUAACCUGUCGCCUUAUUUAGUCGUUAUUUGUUCCUCUAGCGAUUUUAUAAAAAAUCAUCCCCAAACACCACCAAUACGUCCAAAUUCCGGCUUCGUUAACAAGACUAUUUUAUCUGAUAUUGAAGAAUUCUGAAGUUCACUGAGGUUCGCGGAUUGGAGGUCCCCUCCAUGUUGAAAACAAUGACUGAGAGUAUCAAACCUGCAGAAACUGAUCUGGUUAAUUCUAGCAACAGAAAGGUAUUGGUGCAGGAAAACUUAAAGUUGCCCAGCAAGGCUGUGACUUUUUCGAUAACUAAGACUGAGCAACAAGAGAAUCCCUCACGAGCAGAUUUGAUGACACAAAGGUCGCGUUUCAGAAAUCUAAAGUUGGGAGAGAGGACAAGGAACAAACCUCUUGAAGUGAGCAUCUUGGAGAGAAGCAAGACAAAACCGUGGAGUAUGUGCAUGAAAACACCCCAAGCGGUGUCAAAUAGCUCUACAGCUUAUGAACUGCUCGGCAAUGGCUUCGCUGAUCUUGGUGAAGCCAGUCUUCUGCCAAAUAUUGGUGUGGCAGAUGAAAAUUGUGCACUGGGAAAUGGUAAUAAGUUUUGUGAAUGUUCUGUACAUGAAGCAAGAUUAUCUGCUGAAGCAAAGCCAAUGCUACUUGAGCAGUUCUCGGGCAAGGGCGAAGCAAUAAUGGAAUAUUCCCUUCGAAGUCAGCAUCAUGGAAUAUUCCAUUUUUCUCCUGCAUGGCCACUUUUCUUCCGCCGGAGAAAACUUUUAAUUCUUGAUAUAAAUGGGCUUCUUGCAGAUAUAGUUUCUCCUCCUCCCAAGGACUACAAAGCAGACAUAAAAAUUGCAAGACGGGCAGUUUUCAAGAGACCGUUCUGUGUUGAUUUUCUGAAGUUCUGCUUUGAAAGAUUUGAUGUGGGCAUAUGGUCAUCAAGAAACAAGAAGAAUGUGGAAAGAGUGGUUGAUUAUCUUUUGGGAGAUAUGAAGCAUAAGCUGCUUUUUUGUUGGGACCUUUCACAUUGCACUUCUACAAGGUUUAGAACACUAGAAAACAAGCAUAAGGCAUUGGUUUUUAAGGAAGUCAGGAGACUUUGGGAGAAACAUGACUCUAGCCUUCCAUGGGAAAAGGGAGAUUAUGACGAAUCAAAUACGCUGUUAUUGGAUGAUUCUCCUUAUAAGGCCUUGCUCAACCCUCCACACACUGCAGUCUUUCCCAACUCUUACAAGUUUCAGCAUGAAAGUGAUGUUUCGUUAGGUAAUGGAGGCGAUCUCCGUGUUUAUCUGGAAGAGCUAGCUGCAGCCCAUGAUAUACGGCCAUAUGUGGCACAGCAUCCAUUUGGUCAAACAGCAAUUACUGAAGGAAGUGAAUAUUGGGGUUUCUACCUGAGGGCCGUCAGUACAGUAAUGCCACGAUAUCACCCAUACUUCUCAGCUCAGGCUCGCCCAUGACCCUCAGGCUCGCCCAUGACUCUUUGUUUUAAUCAGCUCUGAUGCAGAUGGAUGGGAAUCUGUCUAUUGUCAUCCAAGUUCUUUGAGACAAUUUCUUGUGUGCCAAAUCGUCGAGCCUUGUUUAUGCUUCGUGAAUGAAGUGUGCUGAUGUGGUCGCUCUGAAGUAAAGUGCUCAGGUGGUUUUCUAAUUUCAAUCUUCUCUUUUGUUUGUGCCAUAAUUGUAUAAAUGUUGAUAGAAGAAUACAGUGAGAAGAGUACCUGCUUUGGAAGUUACAGUUUAUUGAUUUGGAGCAAAGAUCGAUUUAUUCUUGCUGACUACACAGAGCUCUAAUUAUUGAAGAAUGAAGCAACUACAGAAAAGAGUCUUUUGUUUUCUUUGUUUUUCUGUAACAAAUAGCCAUUUUGAUUGGUUUGGCGGGAUCAUUAGCAUGCCUACACCCUAUGAACAUUCACAUUUGGCCUUUUACUACGGCUACUGGCAGUUUUUCUUACACUUGAAUAUUUCUCUAAAUGGAAGUUCUCACUUUGAGUUUGGAGUGCCUU